CCUGUAGUUUCCUAAUGAGCUCGGACACGGAGAGGCGUUGUUCAGGGUUCCACUGGCAGCAGGCCUUGAUGAUGGAGUACCUACAGGCCAGGUGAUUUGGAGCAGGUGUUUGGCUGUUUGAGUUGCUUUCCUCUUUGGAGAUGCUGCAGGAGGUCAGUCGCCAUGAGCUGAGCAAAAGAAAAAAGAAGAGGAUUGGGACACUCACACGUCACUGCUCUGACUGAUGCUUCUCCUGGCCAGCACUUCAGGCCGACCCCAAUCCCCACAGCUUCGCUGUAAAAUUUCCAUCAAUGAGAACGUUGCAAGCUCCCACUGCACCAUGGAUGCAGCUCUGAGUGUGCAGAUACUCCUACAGGGAACCCCAGCAGGUCUCUGUGCUGGAGCUCUUCUACCACCAUCAUUAGUGGCGACUGCACUGAAACCACCCCCAGCAGCGCAGCUCUAUGGGGAGUACCAAGAGCACCAAGGAGGCUCCGGCAGACUGGAGGCCACACGCCUGCUGACAGAGAGACAGAUCAAGAAACACGGCGAUAAUCGCCGCAGCCAUGGGAGGACGCAACACGGACAUGGCCGCCGUGGCCGUGGUCAGAACGGAUUCCACGGUCGACACGGACUUCAGCACAGCUUCCACAACAGGCAGAGGUACAGGCGUCAGUCCUACAUGGAGGCAGAGGCUACUGAGGAGCAAACAGCCGAGCUCGACUUCACAUCCUCUAUGAAGAAGAAACGCUCCUACUCCAAGUGUAGAGACUGCGUAGCACGGGUACAGCGAUUCCUUGUGACCAGGCUGGGAGAAGACUGGAUCUUCCUUGUUCUGCUAGGCAUCACAAUGGCACUGGUCAGCUGGUCAAUGGACUAUGCCAGUGCGAAGAGUCUGCAAGGUUCUGGUAUCCCAGAGUUGAAGACCAUUCUGAGAGGUGUGGUGCUAAAGGAAUAUUUGACUCUCAAGGCCUUUAUUGCUAAAGUAAUCGGCCUGACCGCUGCCCUGGGUAGUGGCAUGCCUGUGGGCAAAGAGGGCCCGUUUGUUCACAUUGCCAGUAUCUGUGCAGCAGUUCUCAGCAGGUUCAUGUGCUUCUUUUCAGGAGUUUAUCAGAAUCCAUACUGUUACACAGACAUUCUGACAGUGGGCUGUGCUGUGGGGGUGGGCUGCUGCUUUGGUACUCCACUUGGAGGUGUGCUCUUCAGCAUAGAGGUAACAUCCACAUACUUUGCUGUGAGAAACUACUGGAGAGGAUACUUUGCUGCUACUUUUAGUGCCUUCAUUUUCAGAGUGUUAUCGGUGUUCAACAAAGACGCAGUAACCAUUACUGCUCUGUUCAGGACAAACUUUCGCAUGGAUUUCCCCUUUGACCUGCAGGAGCUACCUGCAUUCGCCAUCAUUGGGAUCUCUUGCGGUUUCCUGGGGGCGUUCUUCGUCUAUCUCAACAGACAGGUGGUGGUGUUCAUGAGACGACCCAAUGCCAUGACCCGCUUCCUGACCAAAUAUCGGCUGGUUUUUCCUGCAGUGGUAACGCUGAUCAUCGCCACCUUGACCUUCCCACCUGGGUUCGGACAGUUCAUGGCAGGAGAGCUGAUGCCCAGGGAGAGUAUCAACUCUCUGUUUGAUAACUUUACCUGGACGAAGAUUUCGGGGUCCCCCCCUCCGGUUGGUCUGGGCCGCUCCGCUGCCUGGCUGCACCCUGAUGUCAGCGUGUUUGUCAUCCUGCUGCUCUUCUUUGUCAUGAAGUUCUGGAUGUCUGCAGUGGCCACCACCAUGCCCAUUCCAUCUGGAGCCUUCAUGCCCGUCUUCAUACUGGGAGCUGCCUUCGGACGGCUGGUGGGAGAGAUCAUGGCCACCCUGUUUCCUCAUGGGAUUGUGUUUGACGGCAUCCUUUAUCGCAUCAUCCCUGGAGGGUACGCGGUCAUUGGAGCAGCAGCGAUGACCGGUGCAGUGACUCACACAGUGUCCACGGCGGUUAUCUGCUUUGAGCUGACUGGCCAGAUCUCCCACAUCCUGCCCAUGAUGGUGGCAGUGAUCCUGGCCAACAUGGUGGCCCAGGGUCUGCAGCCCUCCCUGUACGACUCCAUCAUCCAGGUCAAGAAGCUGCCAUACCUGCCGGAGCUCGGCUUCGGACACAUGAGCCAGUACAACAUUUUUGUCGAAGACAUCAUGGUGAGGAAGGUGAAGUUCAUAUCGUCUCGGUCGACCUACAGAGAAGUCAAACUCCUGCUGGACUCCUCCUCACUCAAAUCAAUCCCGCUGGUCGACUCAAAAGAUUCUAUGAUCCUCCUGGGCAGCAUUGACAGGUUGGAGCUUCUGGCUCUCUGUGAUUGGUGGUUGUCACCGGAGAGAAGGCUCCUGAUGCAGCAGCAGUCUCAGAGACACAGCUGGGAGUCCUUGGCCUUUGUAGAUGAGGAGGAAGAGGAGGAUGGACAAAAGGGCACUCCGGUGCAGGAGGAGAGGAACGGUCCCCUGCCUCCCCCAAAACCCCAGGAGCCUUCCUCAAAUCACACUGCUCCUGGUCCUGGAAAAGGUCCUCUGCAGUCUGUGAGGAAAACACUCAGGAAUCUGUUCACGUCUAAGAACAGACAGACAGAAGGACAGUCACAGGAGCCCUGUCCUCCUCCUCUGUCAGACACAAUGACACCAGAAGAGGUCAAAGCCUGGGAAGAGGCAGAGAUGGACAAGCCGAUGGAAAUAGAUGAGAUUCGAAUUGACCCGUCGCCUUUCCAGCUGGUUGAGAGAACAUCAUUACACAAGACUCACACUUUAUUCUCACUGCUGGGGCUUAGUCAUGCUUAUGUGACCAGUAUCGGCAAACUGGUGGGGGUGGUGGCACUGAAAGAGCUCCAAAAAGCCAUCGAGGGUUCCACACGCUCCGGUGUCCGACUCCGCCCUCCGCUUGCCAGCCUUCGCGACAUCAACAACCACAACUCAGUCUCUAAACCUCCACCUUCUUCUGCCACUGCUCCUUCCUCUUCAACCUCCACUUCUUCUCCCUCAAUUCCAACCGCUCAACAGACUUCCUCCUCUUCCCCCCCUCAGCACCGCCAUCAGUACCAUCAUCAUCAUCACCAUGAGAAUGAAACGGAGGUGUGGAUCGAGGACUUGACGAAGGAGGUGGAGGAGAGCAGCGGCGGCGGAAGUGCUAGCAGCAGCAGCGCCGGAGCUUGCAGUAGGAGUUGCAGCAACCUCACCCUUCCCCCCUCCUCCACUCCUCCCCCAGUCCCUCCCUCCUCCACUCCUCCCCCUCCCUCUCCUUCUUCCUCCCCCAUCCUGUCCUCCACCCUGAGGCCUGUACAGGGACUGCUUGAGCAAGGUCGGCCUCGUUGUAAAGGCAGACCAGGGCGGAAACACUUUUUAACUGAAAGCUUUCACCUUUAUUCAACCUCCUGGACCCAAAACUGAACACAGUCAAGGAUGAAAUCUCAGAGCAAAAGGACGACAAGCGGAGGGCAGAUGAUUAUCGCAACAAUUGGGGCAUUCAGGUCUUGAUCACUGGAGUGUAAGAGUGAAUCGCCCCCUCCAGCAGCUGUAGCUAGAGGCUUUUUAAAGACGUUAGAAAUUGUGUCACAGUAAUGCUUCAUUUGUUUGUGUCAUUUUGUGCUUUCCGACUUGUCUGACUUUAGAACUGAUGCAGAGUCAUGACGGAUAUUGUUAUACUAACGUCUCGAUUUCUAGUCUUUGUCUUAUUGAACUCAAAACCACUGACUACGGCCAUGUACCUUCAUUUGAAGUCACUAUUUUCUUUUCAAGGAUCUCUGAGCUGGAUUUUGAUGUUAAAGUAGCACAUGAUCACAAACGCACUGCUGGCCACUUAAGUUU